ACGUCUGAUUAAAACAUAAAUAGCGUUUACAAAAUCGGAGUAUUGUUUAUUCCACACUUGACUGGCACUCUAUAAAAAUGGCAGGACUUAUUCUUUUGAAACGGUUCCAUUGAUGCAAUAAAUCCAAAUUCCUCGGUCUUUUUCUCUUCUCUUUAGUAAUAAGCCAAAGCGUCAUUCCCCUAGCUUCCUUUUACUUCCACCGUUCUUCUCUCCCUCUACUCAUUUUUCCUUUCAAAUUUUUCCAAAACAAAAUCAGUGAACUUUUCUAUCUUUGAAAAAAGCUUGUAUUCAAAUGGAUGCUUUCGAUUUUGGUAGUGAGAAAAUGGAAAACAGAGUGAUUCUGAUAUUCCACAGUUUCAAAAGCGUUGCGAAGCUUUUUCGCAUCGUUGAAUUCUGUGUUGGAGUUUUUGUGCUCUUAUGGAGUUCUACUCGGUUGCCUUUUGCUGUCAAAAUCUCCGGCGAGUAUUUCCGGCAACUAAUCUCCAUAAUACUUAGCCCUCUCUUCAUUUUCCUUAUUUGCAACGUCAUCGUCCUCACUCUCCUUUUCAAGUCCGGCCGACUCUUCGGAGAUUCCUCCUCAACUCUCUGUGCUAGCGCCGAAGCUGAACUCUACGACUCAUUCGUCGAAAAGGAAGAGUGCUCCGGCAAUUUCACCUCCAGUAACUUGUCUUCGCCGCCGGAACCGGAAGAGAUUAUCUACCAAGACAAACAGACUGUAUUGGAAGUGAAUACUCGGACGAUUUUUGAACCCGAAGAAACAAAAAGGGUCACGGAGAAGGCAUUUUAUUCACAAGUUCCACGGAGAACUAAAUCGGAGAAGUUUGAAAGAGGAAGUUAUGAUAAGGAAAUAAGCGGAAAUAAGCUUCGUAGAUCGGAGACGGAGAGGUGCCGGAAAAUCGAUAAUUCCGGUGAUCCGUCGGAAACGGUGUAUCCAGUGGAUGAAUUAAGCAAUGAGGAGUUUCAGAAAGCCAUUGAGGAUUUCAUUGCUAAGCAAAUCAAAUUUCAUCAGGAAGAGAAGUUGGCUAUUGUUCUUCAUAGCCAACCAUAAUAAGUACUUUUCGUAUUUACUGUAUUGUCUAAUAAAAUAAAAAUAAAAAUAAAAAUAAAAAUUAGAGAACAUAAAGUUAGGGUUAAUGUACAGAGUAUAAUGAAUAAUAGGAGUCGUAAAUCUGUAGGGGAGAGUGAUUGAUCUGAGCCGUUGAUAUUUGCAGUGGAUAAGAAGAUUCAGAAAUUCCCUGAACGCGUAGUGCUCGCUGUUUUUCCAGAGUGAGCUAUGGUUGUUCGGCUCGGAAUUUAGAAGUGUGUUUUAAUUUUCCAUCUUUGUAUUAAAAUUAAUUAAUUAAGAUGGAAAAAGGGGGGAAUGUAUUCUCAUAUUCCCACUUUAGUUAUUCUUCUCCAA